AUAUAAAAAACCAAACCAAACCAAACAGACACUUAAGCAAGCCUCGCCCUCCCCUCUCUCUUUCCGUCUCUUUUCUUUCCAUUUGCUUUUGGGGUUUUCUCUCGCUUUUCUUCUCUUGAAUAAUCUCUCUCGAAUCUCUUCCCCUCUAUUUUCAUGCUCCAUACUUUGGAUGUGCAAGCAUCCGUCGCUCUUCUCUCUCUCUUUUCUCAGUAGUUGGAAGUAGAGAAGUAGAGGUGAGAUGGCGAGCAUAAGAUCGACUUUGCCUUCUAGGCUUCGCCAGCUUUUGUCUGGCGAAACUUCCACCGGUCCUUCUGUCAAACUCGACUCUGAGCCCCCUCCCCAAAUUAAAGCAUUUAUUGAUAAAGUGAUCCAGAGUCCGUUACAGGAUAUAGCAAUACCUCUUUCAGGCUUUCGAUGGGAGUACAGUAAGGGGAAUUUUCAUCAUUGGAGGCCACUGUUUCUUCAUUUUGAUACAUAUUUGAAGACGUACUUGUCUUGUAGGAAUGACCUUCUCCUAUCAGAUAAAAUUCUAGAAGAUGAUAUUCCAUUUCCAAAGCAUGCAGUCCUUCAAAUAUUACGAGUAAUGCAAACAAUAUUAGAGAAUUCCCACAACAAGAGUUCAUUUGAUGGGUUGGAGCAUUUCAAGCUCCUACUUUCAUCCACUGAUCCUGAAAUUCUUAUAGCUACACUGGAGACUCUUUCUGCACUUGUUAAAAUAAACCCAUCGAAGGUCCAUGGGAGUGGAAAGUUGAUUGGAUGUGGUUCAGUGAACAGCUAUCUGCUGUCUCUUGCUCAGGGAUGGGGGAGCAAGGAGGAGGGAUUGGGUCUGUAUUCAUGUGUUUUGGCAAAUGAGAGAACACAGGAGGAAGGCCUUAGUUUGUUUCCAUCUGACGUAGAACAUGAUCGUGACAAGUCUCAACACCGGAUUGGUUCUAGCCUUUAUUUUGAAUUGCAUGGGCUCAAUACUCAAGGCACUGAAGAAAGCAGUGGCAAUGUGAGUUCCACUUCAAGAGUCAUACGCAUGCCAGAUCUACAUUUGCGAAAGGAGGAUGAUCUGUUAAUAAUGAAGCAAUGUAUUGAGCAGUACAAUGUACCUACUGAGCUCCGGUUUUCGUUGCUAACAAGAAUUAGAUAUGCGCAUGCCUUUCGGUCGCCCAGGAUAUGCAGGCUGUACAGCAGGAUUUGCCUUCUUGCAUUUAUCGUGCUUGUUCAGUCUAAUGAUGCUAAUGAUGAGCUGACAUCAUUUUUCGCAAAUGAACCAGAGUAUACAAAUGAAUUAAUAAGGAUUGUGCGGUCAGAAGAAACUAUUCCUGGAACUAUUAGAACUCUUGCGAUGCUUGCGUUGGGAGCACAGUUAGCUGCAUACUCAGCAUCUCAUGACCGGGCUCGAAUUUUGAGUGGGUCAAGUAUUAGUUUUACAGUAGGAAAUCGAAUGAUUCUCCUGAAUGUGCUCCAGAAGGCAGUUCUGUCACUGAAAAGCUCCAGUGAUCCAUCAUCUCUUGCUUUUAUUGAGGCUCUUCUUCAGUUCUAUCUGCUUCAUAUUGUGUCAUCCUCUGCAUCUGGGAGUAAUAUUAGAGGGUCAGGAAUGGUUCCAACCUUUUUACCUCUUUUGGAGGAUUCUGACCCAAAUCAUAUGCAUCUUGUCUAUUUAGCUGUAAAAGCUCUACAAAAGCUCAUGGAUUACAGUAGUUCAGCUGUGUCGUUGCUUAGAGAACUGGGUGGAGUGGAGCUUUUGGCUCAGAGGCUACACAUAGAAGUGCAAAGAGUUAUUGGUAUGUCUGGGGGAAAUGAUAAUUCAAUGAUCAUUGGUGAAUGCUCAAGAUACAAUGAUGACCAGUUGUACUCCCAAAAGAGGCUUAUCAAGGUGCUUUUGAAGGCUCUUGGUUCUGCUACAUAUGCCCCAGCAAACACCACUAGGCCGCAGAGUCCUCAAGACAGUUCUCUGCCUGGUACUUUAUCACUCAUAUAUGGGAAUGCAGAUAAAUUUGGAGGUGAUAUUUACUGCUCAGCUGUGACUGUUAUGAGUGAAAUUAUCCAUAAAGAUCCAACUUGUCUUCCGGUACUUCUUGAGCUAGGUCUUCCAGAUGCCUUUUUAUCUUCAGUGUUAUCUGGAGUACUUCCAUCUUCAAAGGCUAUAACAUGUGUUCCGAAUGGCCUUGGUGCCAUUUGUCUUAAUGCCAAAGGCUUGGAGGCAGUGAAAGAAACUUCAGCGUUGCGAUUCCUUGUUGACAUCUUUACCAGCAAGAAGUAUGUGCUGGCAAUGAAUGAAGCAAUUGUUCCUUUGGCUAACGCAGUUGAAGAGCUUUUGCGCCAUGUAUCUUCAUUGAGAAGCGGUGGUGUUGAUAUAAUCAUUGAAAUUGUAAAUAAAAUAGCUUCCUUUGGGGACAGCAGUAGCUUUUCUGGGUCAUCAUCUGUAGAAAAAGUUAAUGGGAGUACUGCAAUGGAAACUGAUUCUGAAGACAAAGGAAAUGAAGGGCAUUGUUGUCUGGUGGGUGCAGUGGAUUCUGUAACUGAAGGAAUCAGUGAUGAGCAGUUUCUUCAAUUGUGCAUUUUGCAUCUGAUGGUUUUGCUUCAUAGAACAACAGAGAAUUCUGAAACAUGUCGCCUAUUUGUGGAGAAAUCAGGAAUUGAGGCUUUACUGAAACUUCUUUUAAGGCCCAGUAUUGUACAGUCAUCUGAGGGGAUGUCUAUUGCUUUACAUAGCACCAUGGUUUUUAAAGGGUUUACUCAGCAUCAUUCUGCUCCUCUUGCACGUGCCUUCUGUUCUUCUCUUAGGGAACAUUUGAAGAAAGCUUUGACUGGAUUUGGUGCAGCUUCAGCCUCCUUUUUACUGGAUCCUAGGAUGAUGCCUGAUGAUGGAGUCUUUUCUCCCCUUUUUCUUGUUGAAUUCCUUCUAUUUCUUGCUGCUUCUAAAGAUAAUCGUUGGAUUAGUGCUUUGCUUACAGAACUUGGUAAUGGCAGCAAAGAUGUUCUGGAAGACAUUGGUCUUGUCCAUCGUGAAAUUUUAUGGCAGAUUGCUCUCCUUGAAGAUGCCAAGCUUGAAAUGGAGGAUGAUGGUGCUAGUGCUAGUUCUGCUGAGUCACAACAACGGGAAUCUAGUGCAAGUGAUACUGAAGAGCAAAGGUUGAACUCCUUUAGGCAGUUCCUUGAUCCAUUAUUAAGGAGAAGGACGCCAGGAUGGAGUAUUGAAUCCCAGUUCUUUGACCUGAUAAACCUUUAUCGUGACCUUGGCCGUGCUACUGGCUUUCAACAGAGAUUGGGUACUGAUGGCUUAAACAUGCGGUUUGGAACCAAUCAUUCUACUUCAUCAGAUGCCUCUGGAUCUGUCAAUAAGAAGGAAUUUGACAAGCAGAGGUCAUAUCACACCUCUUGCUGUGAUAUGGUGAGGUCACUUUCCUUCCACAUAACCCAUUUGUUUCAAGAGUUGGGAAAAGUGAUGUUACUUCCUUCUCGUCGUCGGGAUGAUACUGUUAAUGCAUCCCCUGCAUCAAAAUCUGUUGCUUCUAGUUUUGCCUCUACUGCAUUGGAUCAUAUGAACUUUGGAGGUCAUGUGAAUUCUUCAGGCUCAGAAGCAUCCAUAUCAACAAAGUGUCGCUACUUUGGUAAGGUUAUUGAUUUCAUUGAUAGCGUUCUUCUGGAUAGGCCCGAUUCCUGCAAUGCAAUUAUGCUAAAUUGCUUAUAUGGAUGUGGAGUUGUUCAAUCAGUAUUGACAACUUUUGAAGCUACCAGUCAAUUACUAUUUGCGGUUAAUAGGGCCCCAGCAUCUCCAAUGGAUACAGAUGAUGGCAAUGUAAAGCAGGAUGAAAAAGAAGAUGGAGAUCAUGCAUGGAUUUAUGGUCCAUUAGCUAGCUAUGGUAAACUUAUGGAUCACCUGGUGACGUCUUCUUUCAUUUUGUCUCCAUUCACCAAACACCUGCUUGUUCAACCACUUGCGAGUGGAGAUGUUCCUUUUCCUAGGGAUGCUGAAACUUUUGUGAAGGUGCUUCAAUCCAUGGUGCUUAAGGCAGUGCUUCCAGUUUGGAUUCACCCACAGUUUACUGACUGCAGUUAUGAUUUUAUCACUACAGUUAUAUCUAUCAUUAGGCACAUUUACUCUGGUGUUGAAGUGAAAAAUGUUACCAGCAGCAAUACUGCUCGUAUUACUGGGCCCCCUCCAAAUGAAACAGCCAUAGCAACAAUUGUAGAGAUGGGAUUUUCCAGGUCCAGGGCAGAAGAAGCUUUGAGGCAAGUUGGAUCUAAUAGUGUGGAGUUGGCAAUGGAGUGGUUAUUUUCCCAUCCAGAGGAAACCCAGGAGGAUGAUGAACUUGCUCGUGCACUUGCCAUGUCCCUUGGGAACUCUGAAUCUGACACAAAUGUAGAUGUUGCAAAUGACAGUAGCCAGCAACUUGAAGAAGAGAUGGUCCAACUUCCUCCUGUUGAAGAGUUGUUGUCAACAUGUACAAAGCUGCUUCAGAUGAAAGAACCUCUAGCAUUCCCAGUUAGGGACCUUCUUGUAUUGAUAUGCUCCCAAAAUGAUGGUCAAUAUAGGUCCAGCGUCAUUUCCUUCAUUCUUGACCAAGUGAGAGAUUCUAGUUCUGCUUCUGAUAGCAGAAACAAUUCACUGCUCUCUGCUCUUUUCCAUGUUCUUGCUUUAAUUCUUCACGAGGAUACGGGGGCACGGGAAAUUGCCUCAAAAACUGGACUGGUAAAACUUGUGACUGAUUUACUUUCAGAGUGGGACUCCGGUUCAGUUGACAAGGCAAAACGCCAAGUUCCGAAGUGGGUAACAACUGCUUUCCUUGCUCUUGAUAGGCUGCUUCAGGUGGAUCAAAAAUUGAAUUCUGAUAUUGUUGAGCAGUUGAAAGGGGAAAAUCUUAGUAGCCAGCCGACAUCUGUCAGUAUUGAUGAGGAGAAGAAAAAUAAGUUGCAUUCUUCAUUUGAAUCACCAAGACAUAUAGAUAUUCAUGAGCAGAAGAGGCUAAUUGAGAUUGCUUGUAGCUGUAUAAGGAACCAGUUUCCAUCUGAGACAAUGCAUGCUGUUCUGCAGCUAUGUUCUACUCUGACUAGAACCCAUUCUGUUGCUGUUUGUUUUCUUGAUGGUGGGGGUGUAAGUUCUCUUCUUUCAUUGCCGACAAGUAGUCUUUUUCCUGGGUUCGACAAUAUUGCUGCUACCAUUAUCCGUCAUGUCCUUGAAGAUCCUCAAACCUUGCAGCAGGCAAUGGAAGCUGAGAUAAAGCACAGUCUUGUGGCAAUGGCCAACAGGCAUUCAAAUGGAAGGGUCAGUCCACGUAAUUUCCUUGUCAACCUAAGUUCAGUGAUUUCUCGUGAUCCAGUAAUAUUUAUGCUGGCUGUAAAGUCUGUCUGCCAAGUUGAGAUGGUUGGUGAAAGGCCUUACAUUGUUUUGAUUAAAGACCGUGACAAAGAUAAAUGCAAGGAGAAGGAAAAGGAGAAGGAGAAAGCAUCAGACAAAGAUAAAACACAACAAAAUGAUGGGAAGGGUAAUUUGUGCAAUAUGAACUUGGCAGGUCCUGGGAUUGGGCAUGGAAAAUUUAAUGAUUCAAAUUCCAAGUCAGUUAAAAUGCAUAGAAAAUCUCCUCAAAGCUUUGUAAAUGUGAUUGAGCUUCUUUUGGAUUCAGUUUGUGCUUUUGUACCUCCCUUGACAGAUGAUGUUAGAACAGAGGUGCCUGUUGAUGCACCAUUAUCAACUGAUAUGGAAAUUGAUGUUGCUGCUGUCAAGGGUAAAGGUAAAGCCAUUGCAACUGUGUCUGAGGAGAAUGAAGUUUCUGUUUUGGAUGCCUCUGCAUCACUUGCAAAGAUAGUAUUCAUCUUAAAACUUUUGACAGAGAUUCUGUUAAUGUACUCUUCAUCCGUUCAUGUCCUCCUCCGGAGAGAUGGUGAAUUAAGUAGCUGCAGGGUCCCUCAUCAAAGGGGCUCAACUGGUUUAUCCAUUGGUGGAAUAUUUCAUCACAUUCUUCACAGGUUUAUUCCAUAUUCCCGGAAUUCAAAGAAGGAAAGGAAAAUUGAUGGUGACUGGAGGCAUAAACUAGCAACGAGAGCUAGUCAAUUUCUAGUUGCAUCUUGUGUGCGUUCUGCAGAGGCAAGGAAGAGAAUCUUUGCAGAGAUUAAUUGUAUUUUCAAUGACUUUGUUGAUUCCUCUGAUGGUUUCAAACCUCCAAGCAGUGAUAUGCAGACUUUUGUUGAUCUGCUAAAUGAUAUACUAGUUGCUCGUACCCCGACUGGUUCAUGCAUCUCAGCAGAAGCUUCUGCCACUUUUAUAGAUGUUGGUUUGGUUGCAUCAUUAACACGCACCCUUGAAGUGUUGGAUUUGGAUCAUGCUGAGUCACCUAAAGUUGUCACAGGGCUUAUCAAAGCUUUGGAACUUGUAACCAAGGAGCAUGUCCAUUCUGCUGAUUCUUCUGCUGUCAAAGGUGAGAAUUCAGUCAAACCUGCUGAUCAUAAUCAGUCUGGGAGAACAGAUAAUGUUGUCGAUGCAUCACAGUCCAUGGAAGUGGCAUCUCAGUCCAAUCAUGAUGCAGUUGCAGCUGAUGGUGUUGAGUCUUUCAAUACCGUCCAAAACUAUGGUGGCUCUGAAGCUGUUACCGAUGAUAUGGAACAUGACCAGGAUCUUGAUGGAGGUUUUGCUCCUGCUACUGAGGAUGAUUAUAUGCAAGAAACCUCUGAGGAUGCAAGGGGUCUUGAAAACGGUGUAGAAACUGUGGGGAUUCAUUUUGAAAUCCAGCCCCAUGAGCAAGAAAACCUUGAUGAUGAUGAGGAUGAGGAGAUGUCUGGAGAUGAUGGGGAUGAAGUGGAUGAAGAUGAAGAUGACGAUGAUGAGGACCAUAAUGAUUUGGAGGAAGAUGAUGUACAUCACGAUCUGUCUCAUCCUGACACAGAUCAAGAUGAUCAUGAGAUUGAUGAUGAUGAGUUUGAUGAUGAAGUAUUAGAAGAAGAUGAUGAGGAUGAUGGGGAUGAUGAGGGUGGAGUUAUUCUAAGGUUGGAGGAGGGUAUCAAUGGAAUGGAUGUGUUUGACCAUAUUGAGGUUUUUGGCAGAGAUCACAGCUUCGCCAAUGAAACUCUUCAUGUAAUGCCAGUUGAAGUUUUUGGUUCUAGACGUCAAGGGCGUACUACAUCCAUUUACAGUCUUUUGGGGCGCAGUGGUGAGAAUUCAGCCCCUUCAAGGCAUCCUCUUUUAUUGGGCCCUUCAUCACUACGCUCAGCCUCUCAAAGACAGUCAGAAAGUGCACAUGAUAUGAUUCUUUCAGACAGAAACUCAGACAGCACCUCAUCACGGUUGGAUACUAUUUUCCGGUCUUUGAGGAAUGGUCGUCACAGCCAUCGUUUGAACUUGUGGGUUGAUGAGAGCCAGCAAAGCAGUGGGUCAAGUGCAGCUACCGUACCACAAGGGCUUGAAGAAUUGCUUGUUUCCCAAUUGAGGCGACCAGUCCCUGUGAAAUCUUCUGAUCACAACACAUCAACAGUGGAACCUCAGACCCAUGGUGAAGGUAGUCAAUUACAGGAAUCAGGGGCUGGUGCAAGGCCUGAGAAUUCUGUAGAAAACAAUAUAAAUAAUGAAAAUGCUAGUGCGCCUCCAUCUGCAGCAGUUGAUACGUCUGUCAAUGUUGAUGUGAGACCUGCAGUAAACGAUUCUCUACAAGGAACUGAUGCAUCCAGUAUACAUUCACAAUCUGUUGAAAUGCAAUUUGAGCAGAAUGAUGCAGCUGUUCGCGAUGUUGAAGCAGUGAGCCAAGAAAGUAGUGGUAGUGGGGCUACUUUAGGGGAAAGCCUCCGAAGCCUUGAUGUUGAGAUUGGAAGUGCAGAUGGCCAUGAUGAUGGAGGAGAAAGGCAAGGUUCUUCAGACCGAACUCCUGAUCCACAGGCUGCUCGUGUGAGAAGAACAAAUGUGUCUUUUGGGAAUUCUACAGCUACUGGUGGGAGGGAUGCUCCUCUUCAUAGUGUUACUGAGGUUUCAGAGAAUUCUAGUCGAGAAGCAGAUCAAGAUAGUACAGCUGCAGAGCAGCAGAUAAAUAGUGAUGCUGCUUCUGGAUCAAUUGAUCCUGCCUUUUUGGAUGCUCUCCCUGAGGAGUUGCGUGCUGAAGUUCUUUCAGCUCAGCAGGGUCAAGUGGCGCAGCCUUCAGGUGCUGAACAACAGAAUUCUGGAGAUAUUGAUCCAGAGUUUCUUGCAGCUCUUCCCCCAGACAUCCGAGCAGAAGUCCUUGCACAACAGCAAGCACAAAGGCUUCAUCAAUCUCAGGAACUCGAAGGUCAACCAGUUGAAAUGGACACGGUGUCAAUAAUUGCAACAUUUCCUUCAGAUUUGCGAGAAGAGGUUCUCUUAACGUCAUCUGAUGCUAUUCUUGCUAAUCUCACACCUGCCCUUGUUGCGGAGGCAAACAUGUUGCGUGAGAGAUUUGCACAUCGCUAUCAUAAUCGUGCCUUGUUUGGUAUGUAUCCAAGGAAUCGCAGAGGUGAAUCUUCUAGGAGAAGUGAAGGUAUUGGAUCCAGCCUGGACAGGAUGGGGGGAAGUAUUGUGUCACGUAGAUCUGUUUCUGCUAAGAUAGUUGAAGCUGAAGGAGCCCCUUUAGUUGGCACAGAAGCUCUUCAAGCAAUGGUUCGGUUACUUCGGAUUGUUCAGCCACUGUAUAAAGGUUCAUUGCAGAAGCUUCUCUUGAAUUUAUGUGCUCAUAAUGAAACCAGAACAGCUCUAGUUAAAAUCUUGAUGGACAUGCUGAUGCUUGAUGCCAGAAAACCUGGCAGUUAUUCAAAUGCAAUUGAACCACCAUACAGGCUUUACGGUUGCCAGAAUAAUGUUAUGUAUUCUCGUCCUCAACAUUUUGAUGGAGUUCCUCCUUUGGUGUCUAGACGAGUUCUUGAAACUCUCACUUACUUGGCUCGAAAUCAUCCAUAUGUUGCUAAGAUUUUACUUCAGUUUAGAUUGCCUCUUCCUACCCUACAAGAGCUAAGGAAUAUUGAUCAGUCACGGGGAAAAGCUUUGAUGACUGAGGAGCAGCGGGAAGGAUAUAUUUCCAUUGCAUUGCUUUUGAGCCUUCUCAAUCAACCCCUGUACUUGAGAAGUAUAGCACAUCUUGAGCAGCUGCUUAACCUGUUGGAUGUCAUCAUUGACCAUGUGGAAAGGAAACCCCGUCCAUCUGAGAAAUCAAGGGCAUCUUCCACUGAACAAAUACCUGCUUCGCAAAUUUCAAUGUCGGAUGCUGACAUUACUGCUGAGAAACAUGAUGCUGCUGAGGUUGCUGAUUCAUCCACACCCUCAACGUCUGGUGUAAGCAAUGAAUGUGAUGCGCAGACUGUACUGACGAAUCUCCCUCGAGCAGAGCUCCGACUUUUAUGCUCAUUGCUUGCACGGGAAGGUUUGUCAGAUAAUGCAUAUGGUCUGGUGGCAGAGGUAAUGAAAAAGCUAGUGGCUAUUGCUCCAAGCCAUUGUCAUCUGUUUAUUUCUGAGCUAGCUGAUGCUGUACAAAAUUUGAUUAAAUCUGCCAUGGAUGAGUUACGGAUGUUUGGUGAAGCAGUGAAAGCACUACUCAGCACAACAUCUUCUGAUGGAGCUGCAAUUUUAAGGGUCUUACAGGCACUAAGUUCUCUUGUUGCUUCAUUAACCGAGAAAGAAAAGGAUCUACAGCUUCUUCCUGAAUUGGAGCGUUCUUCAGCUCUUUCUCAGGUGUGGGACAUCAAUGCAGCUUUAGAACCUUUGUGGAUAGAGUUGAGCACUUGCAUAAGCAAAAUAGAGAGCUAUUCAGAUUCUGCACCAGAUUUAUUAGCUCCAUCCAAGACUUCAACCUCAAGACAAUCUGGUGUAACACCACCCCUUCCUGCAGGCACUCAAAACAUCUUACCAUAUAUAGAAUCUUUCUUUGUGAUGUGUGAGAAGUUACAUCCUGCACAACCAGGUUCUGGCCAUGAUUUUGGCAUAACUGCGCUAUCUGAUGUUGAAGAUGCCAGUACAUCUGCUGGCCAGCAGAAAGCUGCUGGUCCUGUCUCAAAAUUUGAUGAAAAACAUGUUGCCUUUGUGAAGUUCUCAGAGAAGCAUAGGAAGUUGUUAAAUGCUUUCAUCCGCCAAAAUCCUGGACUGCUCGAGAAGUCAUUUUCACUUAUGUUGAAAGUUCCCCGCUUUGUUGAUUUUGAUAAUAAACGUGCACACUUCAGGUCCAAAAUAAAGCAUCAACAUGAUCAUCAUCACAGUCCUCUAAGAAUAUCGGUUAGAAGAGCUUACAUACUUGAGGAUUCAUAUAACCAACUACGGAUGCGGUCAACUCAAGAUUUGAAGGGGAGGUUAACUGUUCACUUCCAAGGAGAGGAAGGUAUUGAUGCUGGUGGGCUUACAAGGGAAUGGUAUCAGCUAUUGUCCAGGGUUAUAUUUGACAAAGGAGCAUUGCUUUUCACUACGGUGGGCAAUGAGUCUACAUUCCAGCCUAACCCCAACUCAGUCUACCAAACGGAACAUCUUUCGUACUUCAAAUUUGUUGGGCGAGUUGUUGGCAAAGCACUUUUUGAUGGGCAACUCUUGGAUGUCCACUUUACUCGAUCUUUCUACAAGCAUAUUUUAGGGGUCAAAGUUACUUACCAUGACAUUGAAGCAAUUGAUCCUGAUUACUUCAAAAACCUAAAGUGGAUGCUUGAGAAUGAUAUUAGUGAUGUCCUAGACCUUACUUUUAGCAUUGAUGCUGAUGAGGAGAAGCUGAUACUGUAUGAAAGGACACAGGUGACUGACUAUGAGCUGAUUCCUGGUGGUCGGAAUAUUAAAGUUACUGAGGAGAAUAAACACCAAUAUGUUGAUUUAGUUGCUGAACAUCGUUUGACAACUGCUAUUCGUCCUCAAAUAAAUGCAUUUUUGGAAGGAUUCAAUGAAUUAAUUCCUAGAGAAUUAAUAUCUAUUUUUAAUGAUAAGGAGCUGGAGUUACUGAUAAGUGGUCUUCCAGAUAUCGAUUUGGAUGACAUGAGGGCAAAUACAGAGUAUUCUGGGUAUAGUGCUGCAUCCCCUGUUAUACAGUGGUUUUGGGAGGUUGUUCAAGGGUUCAGCAAGGAGGAUAAGGCACGGCUUCUACAGUUUGUGACAGGCACCUCGAAGGUACCUUUGGAAGGAUUUACAGCACUUCAAGGAAUUUCAGGUUCACAGAAGUUUCAGAUACACAAAGCAUAUGGCAGCGCUGAUCACUUGCCUUCUGCGCAUACCUGUUUCAAUCAAUUGGAUUUACCGGAGUAUCCUUCUAAGGAACAUCUAGAAGAAAGAUUGCUGCUUGCAAUUCAUGAAGCGAACGAAGGGUUUGGAUUCGGUUAAGAUUUGAAGUAGUAAUCAGAGUCAUCAUGUAGAUAAAGAUAUAUGUGCACCGGGAUCUUAUUAUGGGGGUAUAAGUGCUGGGCUGACGUUGAAUUGAUACAUGUUUAUAUACUGUACAGUCACAUAUUGGCUAUUGGAAUGCCUCUGGCAGUUUUAAAUUUGCCAUCGUUUUUCUUCAUUUUUCCUUUUUCUCCUACUCUCUUUCAGAAUUUCUCUUUCCUUUAUUAAAAGGAUAAAAGGAGAGAGGCUCGCUAAUGACAUCCCCACAUUGUUGACUUGAUUCCCUCUCCUCUUUCCAGCAUGUCUUACAUGAAAUUUAGCCAUUUUACUUAUUAAA